AAGAAAGAGGCCCUCGUUGUCAUUGUCGAGGAACAUUCCUCCUCCGAGCCCCCGUCUCAGGUUGGUGGUGCGUCAUGGCCCCAAGACAGCGUGCAGUUCUCAAUUACCAAAGGGACUGCCAUCAUGCAUGGCACUUUGAACCCGAGGGAGUUCCUGAGGGGUGCCACCCCCCUGACAGACAAGUCGGUGCUAUCCCUGCAUGCUAAUGAUGCCCUCUGCUCCAAGGUCCUCCAGGCCUCGGUUACGGCAUGCCUUGGGCUUGGUGAGCUCAUUCAAAGGAUGGAGCAAUCGCAACUUCAGAA